AUGAAGGAGAAAUUCAACGAAGGGCUUCAACCAGUCAACAAUGUCAAAGACUUUGUAUCAAUAGCUAUGAAGAGCGAGCCAACCGCUGCUAUCGCCUGGCUAGGUAUCACGACAUUGAUAGAUCUCGUUGCAAACCCACUCACUGAACCAGGCAUCAACCGCGACGGAGUCAGAUACGUCCUCGAACGAGUUGAAUGGUACUGGGAGUUGGCACAACUCUUGCUCGACCCGGGCAAGGUUGAUGGUUCCAUCAUCAGGUUACAAAGUCUCCUUAGGCGCAACGUCAUCAAACUCUACAAGAAGCUGCUGCUAUAUCAAAUGCAGAGUGUAUGCCUGUACAACAAACACUGGGCUGCCGUCAUCGUCAGGGAUCUCUUCAAAGGAGACGAUUGGCAGAACAAGGUCGACUCGAUUAAGAAAGCCGAGGCUUCCUUACGAGACGACGUGAAUCAGCACAACUCCGAAGAGCUCAAAUCUCGACUUCGGAGGAUCGACAACACGCUUGGCCGUUUACGCCUAGACGUUAAGGCAGUAGAAUCGGCCGUCCAAGUCCAGACCCAGGUGCUGCGCCAGGUCCAUCACGACGAGAACGACCAGAAAUGCCUCCAAGAUCUACGCAUUGUCGACCCCGAAGCCCAUAAGGAGAACAUCGAGAAGACAAAAGGCGGCCUGCUCAAGGAUUCGUACUACUGGAUUCUCGACCACGACGACUUUCGGCGAUUCCGGAAUGAUCCAGAGAGCCGAUUACUAUGGAUCAAAGGCGACCCGGGAAAGGGGAAGACGAUGCUUCUAUGCGGUAUCAUUAACCACCUCAAGCAGGAGACGUCCCAGGUGUUGUCGUUUUACUUCUGUCAAGCCACACAGAGCGAGCUCAGGAGUGCAGUAUCCGUGCUCCGUGGCCUCUUAUGGCUUCUCUGUGACAGGCAGUCGCAGCUGACUUCAUUCGUCCGAUCUAAGUACGACAACCAAGGCAGCAAGCUCUUUGAAGACGGCUAUGCAUUUGAGUCUCUAAAAAGGAUCUUUCUCGACAUGCUCAAGGACCCUUGCUUGCGAGAGGCUGUCUUCGUUGUUGAUGCUCUAGAUGAGUGCUCAGACGAUAGCAGGAAAGAUCUCAUUGAUUUCAUUCUCGAGGCGUCCCGCCACUCCUCCUCCAAAUGGGUCGUGUCUAGUCGCAACUUGCCGUCAAUUGAGGUGCAGUUUCAAGACUCCGAGAACAUUAGGGUACCGCUUGAGCUGAACAAGGACUCUAUAUCUCAAGCGGUGAUGAUGUUUAUCGAAUACAAGGUUGAACAGCUGGCACGAAAAAAGAUAUACCACCCAAAAACAAAGGACGAUGUGCGCAACAAGCUGCUACUCAAGGCCAACGACACCUUUCUUUGGGUAGCCCUGGUGUGCAAAGAGUUGGCACGUCCCGAGGUCAAAGCCCGGAAUACCAUUGACAAGCUGGAUUCUAUACCCGGAGGACUUAGCGAACUCUACCAGCGCAUGCUGGAACAAGCUUUCAUGUCGGAAGAUGGAGAUAUAUGCCGGAAAAUCCUUGCUACGGAAUGUAUCACUUAUCGCCCCAUUUCAUUGGACGAACUGCGAACUCUUGUGGCAGACACCAAGGACUUCAGUGACAAGGAGUUGAAAGAGGUUAUUGGAGAGUGUGGCUCAUUUCUGACUCUUCAAGAGGACAUUGUCUAUUUCGUGCAUCAAUCGGCCCAGGAUUUCCUUACCGACAGUGCCAAGAGCGAUAUCUUCCCUUCCGGUAUCCAAGAUCAACACUACCUCAUAUUCCGGCGAUCGUUGGACGCUUUGAUGACACUCACUCGCAAUAUUUACAAUCUGGAAUUCUCAGGAGACCUUUGCACCGAGAUUUCGUGCCCGAAGCCUGACCCGUUAUCUCAUCUUCGCUAUUCCUGCCUGCACUGGGUGGACCACCUUGAAGUAAUCAAAGGAAAUAGGAAUCAAUCAGACGAUGAGGCCAUUUCCAGGUUCAUAGGCAAGAGGUUCCUGUAUUGGCUGGAGGCUCUCAGCCUACAAGGCCAAAUGCCGCAAGGAGUAAAAGCAGUACAGACGCUGAAGGAGAUCAUAACCAAUACAGCAGCUCCAGGCCUAGACAGUCUGGUGGAAGAUGCGCGACGAUAUGUGCUUUCUCAUGGAGGCGUGAUUGCGAUUGCUCCGUUACAAGCUUACGCAUCAGCACUCGUUUUCAGCCCUGAGUACAGCCGAAUUAGAGAACUGUUCAAGAAGGAGGAGCCGGAUUGGAUGGUAUUGAAGCCAAGAAUGGGGGCAGAUUGGAACGCUUGCCUGCAGACGCUCGAGGGCCAUGGCGACCGGGUGACGUCGGUGGUGUUCUCGGCAGAUGGCCAGCGUCUUGCAUCUGGCUCAGAUGAUAAGACAGUCAAGAUCUGGGACGCGGCCACGGGCGUAUGCGAGCAGACGCUUAACGUUGGGAGAGUAUUAUAUCACCUUUCAUUUGAUCCAACGUCAAAUGCUCUCCUCUCUACCGAUAUUGGACUUCUAAAUCUGGAUCGCCCGGCUCUGCCGCCUGUCAUAAAUGAUCGGUCGACUGAGAUAACGUUACCGCGUGUUAGCCAUUCUGGAUGGGGUAUAAGCGCGGAUGGCGAAUGGAUUGUUGAAGAUGGAAAGAAGAUGCUUUGGCUGCCUCCGGACUAUCGAGGGGGCAUGCCUGCUAUUGGUAGAUCAACGGUCGCUAUCGGCUAUCAUUCAGGUCGUGUGAAGAUGUACGAUCACAUGCCGGUUCACGGGAGGAAGGCCUCGGAGCAUACGAACGCUAUGCCUCUCUGGAGGGCAUGCAAGCUCCAGACAUACUUCACGGCUAAGGGCCUUAUCGACUAUUUUCUGGUCGAAGAAGACCCAUCUCUGCCACUAACGGGAGGAGCGCUGGCAGGGUCGGGCCUGUCCAUCAUGGCGUCCACGUCACAGGAGGAGGGAAAGCUGUUUGAAGACCUAAAGGCUGACAUUAUCCAGGCCUCGCGCGACCUAGAUAAGGAGGCCGAGAUUGUGCAAGACGUCGAGGCGUCACGGGCUGAUCGGGUACCCUGGCUUGUCCAUACCGGGUUCCCUACGCACCUGCAGGGUCUCCGCGAUACCGAGAUCAUGUCGUCGUAUGCAUUACCACGAAGCGGGGACGAUGAUGACGACGACGGCGGCGGCGGUGGCGGCGAUGGUGAUGAUGAUGACGAUGACGAUGACGAUGACGAUGAUGGAGAAGAAGAAGGCGGCGCAGUUGACACGGAUAUAGAUCUCAGGCGUAUUCUUGCCGCAGCCGAGAGUACACUCAGAGAUGCAUAUAAGCUAUGCAGCGACAAAUCACCCGAUCGUAAGAUGACGCAGCAGCGUGCGAAGAGACUAAGCAAUUUCCGCAGCGACGAUAGCCAUAUGAGCAGUGCAAAAGCCAGCAAAUUCCGCAGCUUUAAGAACGAGUCAUCCCUUACCUCCUAUUUCCGGAUCACAAAGCAGCUGUUGGCAUACUAUUACCGGGUGGUAUAUCGUGUGGAUGGCCAUUUCACAAGAGAGGGUGAAAGCCAUGCAGUGCCGCAGGACAUAAUCGAAACAACCCCUCUGCAACGACAAGCCAUGGAGGAUGUCAUCGGUGCGUUGCGGAGGCGAGAAAAGGCGGCAAAGGGGAGGGGGGCGCCAAGUUGCGAUAAGAAGGAAGGUAUAGCUACCAGGGACUAUGAUGAGUGUGACGCCGAGCUGAAGCACACCAUCCGCAAAUUUUACAUCUCGCUCAUCUGCCAGACUGUCGGAAGCAGGCCAUUCCGGUCUGCCAUCUUGAGCUUCUGUGCUAUGCUCAGCCGGACGAAGGCUCUGACGCGCCGGGUGGAUAACGAGCAGCACAAGCGGUGCACAUGGCGCGAACCAGGGAACUUCAACAGCAAUCUAUCGGCACUCACCUGGACUGCCCAGCUCAUCCUGUUCGACUUCGUGUGCUUCCAGAAGCAGGACGACAAAGACGGAAUCCCCGAUCUGCUGGAUCAAAUGUGCAAGAAGUACUUUCAGCAGAUGGCGGAGACACCUUUCGGGCAUGUACUGCAAUGGAGGCUAUAUCUCUUUGCGGCCUCCCGCACCAGUCUUACCAAGCACCAAGCCCGCUGGUCCCUUGAUGGGGAAACGGUCGACUAUAUGGGGACGAAGCUACACAUGGAACAAGUGACACAGCUGGUCGAGUCUGAGUUCCGCCAGGCGCACUCGCUUCUGUAUGAUGAGCUCUUGUUUGGAAUGAGGGACGUUGCUCCGAUCGAGGCGUGGAGGCUGCACGACGAUCUAGAUGUAGACGACUACGGCGCUUCGUGGUUGACAGACGGGAGGAAUCGAGAGAUACUGGCGGGGACGCAUGACGCCCUGCUCCGACAGAUCGAAGAGAGGGCGGAUCUACGGCAGGUAUUCGUGCGGCUGGAUCCAGACGGUGGGGUUCGCCUCUGCCCCAAGGCGAUAGCUAUCUAUGAGGCGCAUGUUCAGGAGUUCCUCAAGAGGAUGCUGGCACCCAUCUCGGUUCCUUCGGGCCCUCCAUUACGCUCCCCAGAACUACUCUCCAUCACGUACAUCAACACGGGUGCCCGCCGCCGAUCGGUAUUUCUGUGGGAGAAGAUGGUCAUGAUAUAUGUGCGAUACAGUAAAAGCCAGGAACAGACCGGGGAGGAGAAGGAUAACAUCAGGUUCCUACCCCCGGCCGUCGGAAACCUCCUCUUGACAUAUCUCGCACGACCCCUAUUCCCUGGAACAGCUGAAGAGUCCGCGAGUCAAUCAUCUCAUUUCUAUUGUCUCCUCGCAAACCGAGUACAGUUCCUACGCGAACAGUCCAGUGUCAUCGGCCAGAGCACCAGCAUAGCCCGCGCAACAUUAUGCGAGCUGUUGGCCAUCAAGAUCCUGCGCAACUUUCACGACGAUAAUCCAUGUCUAGACGGUCUCCUCUUACUUUCCAAGAUCCUGGUUCAAGGGUUUGACCCCUUCCAUGGUGCUCCGCCUGAAGUCGAACAGUACGGGCGCUAUCCGCAAUGGCCGAUUCAGAAGCGUGGCGGCCAUGAGAGGAAGCUGACUGCGCUCGAACUCGCCAUCAUAUCCGAGAGCAAGACCUUUGCCAGUUCUUCAGGGUGUAGACGUGUUAUAGAUGCAGUGUACCGUGGAAAAAUCGUCUACACGCCUCUCUCGUUCGUUGAUAUUCUCCCCAACCAUUAUGAGUAUCUUCCAGUGUCUCUGUACGAACCGCGCAAGGCGCCGCUGCUUGACCAUCAUCGUCUCGCCGUUCCGCGCACCCGGUACAUAAUCGAGCUAGUGCACUACAUCAUACUCACUUUUCUCUAUGUUUGCACGAUGCGGUAUCGGGAUCCCGAAAACCUGACUGGCAAUGAGGUAGUCUUCAUUCUAUACUCUGCCGGCUGGGUUCUUCACGAACUCGCUGCCAUCAUUGAACACGGAUGGAUGAUACAUUCGCAGACUUUAUGGUCAUUCUUAGACCUUUCAUACACUGUCAUCUUCAUGGCUUACAUCACAGUUCGGGCCUAUGAGCUGGAUGUAAGCAGCGUGCAGAAUGGCUUGGCACAUAAUAUACUGUGUCUCGCAGCCCCAAUCCUUCUGGCCAGACUGGCCUUCAACAUUCUACCAGACCAUAUUGUCUUUAUUUCGCUCCACGCCAUGAUGAAGGAGUUUUUGAUCCUCACAUUUCUCGCCAUAUGGUGUUUCACUGGGUUCCUGUUGGCACUGCAGUGGCUUUCUCCAGGAGAUGGCUCGAUUCCAAACGACUUCACCAUCAUCAAAUGGCUGCUGUGGAUCUGGUUCGGACUGGAUGGAACAGGAAUUGAGGAAUCUGUUCAGUUUCACGUCAUUUUAGGACCGGCACUGACAAUUACCUUUGCCUUUCUCGGCAAUACUUUAUUUCUCACGAUUCUUGUCUCGCUCCUCACCAACCGUUUCAGUACCAUAGUCACAUCUGAGGAUGUUGAGAUCCAGUUUCGAAAAACCGUCCUCACAUUUGAGGGCGUGAAAAGCGACGCUAUAUUUACGUACCCGCCACCGUUCAAUCUCUUUGCUCUGCUGAUACUGCUUCCUAUCAAACAAUUCCUGUCGCCACUCGAGUUCUACUCGAUUCACGUCUUUCUCGUACGACUUGUCAAUGCGCCUCUAUUGUUUUGCGUCGGUUUCUAUGAACGCCGACGCCUAUGGACCUUUGGACCUGAUGCAGCCAAAGUGUCGAGAAUGUGGAAGUUCACAGGCUUCUCACCGCACGGCGACAUACAGGCUGUAUUUGAAGUCGAAGCCCCGGCCGAAGUUCUGCGAGAGGCUAAUGAAUUGGAUGGGUUGAGCGAAAUGGGUUUUUCUGAUGGUGAUGCCGUGUCAAGGCUCUCUCGAGAAAGGGAAAUUAGAGCACCGGUUGUAUUUAACCUAAGUAAUGCAGGGACAUAG